CCCAGACCAGGACUACCGCCAGGCCCCCCCUCCCGCUUCAGUCCCGUCGCCAGGAGCGGUGCCAAGUUACGCGUCGGUGAAAUCCAACUACUCAGGGGAGGGCCUGUCGGACGCCGGUCAGAGGAGAGGGGGGCCCCCCCAGCAUCAACAACCACCCCCGCGACAGUUUUCCUCUAACCAAGGGGGGAGGGCGAGCUACGAAUCCAGUCCGCGCUCUAGCGCCAGUUUCGACUCUCACCAUUCCAGCCCAAGAUCGAGUGUCAGCGGGCAGUCACCAGGUGUCAUGCCACAACAGUCGGCGAGAACCGCUCUGCAAAACCACUCCCAAAGUCCGAGAAAUGUUCAGCCGAACCACUCACAACAAUUGCAGGGGGAGAGGAACGCUCUGCCGAACCACUCGGGGGCUUUGCACGAUUCCCGACUUUCCAGUCCGAGGUCUUCCUUGACGAGUUCCUCACAGGACUCGCGACACUCGAGUCCGCGGUCCAGCAUCUCCAACCCGCCUGCUGAGAAGUUUCCCUCCCCACGGUCCAGCCUGGUCAGCCCGCCCGCCGAAAGGUACCCCAGCCCCAGGACGAGCCUGUCGGGCUUCGAGCACCAUUCCAGCCCGCGCUCGAGCGGCGCCAGCUCCGACAGCCAGCACUCGAGCCCGCGCUCCAGCCUCGCGUACCCCUCCCCGUACCCGGGCUCAAAUUCCCGAGCGGGGCCCCCGACAGGGUAUGACCCAGGCCCUGUCUACAAGCAUACCGGCCCCGCCGGGUCAGGCCUGCUCAGCACGGGGCAGAGCUUGGAGCCCCCCUCCCCACGGACUUCAUCCCUCAACUACGAUAAACUCGGCCGGCCGAGCCUUGAAGGCAGGGGGUUCGCCACGGCCCCCCGCCCUGCUGUCCCUACUACACCCACCGGCGGGUACGAUGUCAAGCAUGCGGGCCAAAAUAGCGGGGGGCCGGGUGGAUAUAGCCCGGCCAAGCCAUACGGCACGGACACCGUGGUAGCCACUUCCGGGGCCGGCCAGGUACAGUACUCCACUCCGUACGGACAGCAACAGCGAGCGGUGGCGGCCGGUAGUCGGGUCCAGACCACCGCCAAGCCCAAGCUGCGGUACGAGGUGACGCCGCCGAGGGCCUCAGGGCCGACAUCCGCCGAGCUCAAACUAGAAGCGAUGACCAGAGAACUUGAGGGUGAACUUGACGAUCUCCCACAGGGAGAGUACUUCGGUGAGUGCCACGCCUGUGGGAAGGCAGUGAACGGUGCAGGACAGGCGUGUCAGGCCAUGGGAAACCUCUACCACACACAGUGUUUCGCCUGCUGCUCAUGUGGGAGAACGUUACGUGGAAAGGCAUUCUACAAUGUCAAUGGGAAGGUGUACUGUGAAGAAGACUAUUUGUACUCCGGUUUCCAGCAAACAGCCGAGAAAUGUGUAGUAUGUGGGCACCUCAUCAUGGAAAUGAUAUUGCAGGCAAUGGGGAAGUCCUUUCACCCCGGCUGCUUCAGGUGUACAGUGUGUAAUGAGUGUUUAGACGGCGUUCCCUUCACAAUCGAUGCAGACAACAGGAUAUACUGUGUCAAGGACUAUCACAAGAAGUUUGCGCCAAAGUGUGCGAGGUGUCGUCUCCCCAUUACUCCGGUAGAGGGUAAGGACGAAACGAUACGAGUGGUGUCCAUGGACAAAGAUUAUCAUAUAGAAUGCUACAGAUGUGAAGACUGUGCGUUACCGUUCAGUGAUGAGGAGGGCAGGAGAUGUUACCCGCUGGAGGGUCACCUGUUGUGUCACGACUGCCACCUCAUCAGGCUGGAGAGGAUGAAGAGAAGACCACAAGUCACCGAGUUAUGAGGGAAACCCGACAGAACACAACCUGGCAGCUCGUAGGUCCUUGUAGGGAAGCCGUCCCUCGUGUAGGAGAGAGUGGACUGUGGACAAGAAGUGCCUUUACCUGUGCCUUGCCGGAAAACCUGUGCCAUGUGUAAUGUAGUUGUAAACAGGUACAACACAGCCAUGAGUUCUGGUCAUCAUGGACAACAGAGGAUGAACAAGAACAGUGAGAGAGGAUUUUGAAACCUUGACAAAGGAUUCCUGUAGCAUACUGUGUAUUGCGGCACACUGGCAUAGGCUAUGCCUGUACUCCGAUAAUCGACACAGAAAAGGUUUGCUGCAGCAAUGUUGCAGAAAGGUGUGAUGGUGUUGACAUACAGGCAGAGAGACUCUGGUGCUGUGGUUGUUGAGAGAUGUAGAUGGUAGAUAGGAACAGCAGGUUGUUCUGGACAUUGUGGUACACAAAACUGUUGUGUACCUACCAAGUGUCAUCUGGGGCGGAGCUGGUGUAGUGCCACUUACAGCGACGGGAGUUUUACCUGGAAUGCUGGUCAGGCGACACCAAGAAAUUAACCAGUCCCCCCACUUUAGUUAGUUUGUUAGAAAAGUUGAUGAACAGCUAGUUUACAGCAAAAUGGGUAAAUUUAUUGAGUGUUUAAUUUGGGUACAGCUCUACAUAAACUUAGGCCCACCUUGCGAACAGAUACAGGAGGGCUGUUGUGGACCAAAUCUGCACAUAACGUAAACGCUGCAUUUUUGCCAUGCCCGAAAAAUCAUGCCAUAUAGCUGUCAGUACGUGCUAGAUAUGAUACUGUACUGGUCUCUUUAAGAUUUGGAUUGCUAGCUAGCGGAAUGUCAGAAAAAUAUUGUGCAAACCAAAUUGCUUGAUGUUUUGCACUGCUUUAUUGUUAUAUAGGAUUGGUUAAAGCUGCAGGUGCUGCAAAAAUGGUUGCAUUGUAAUCUAUACAGGGUAUGCUGUUAGUGAGCAAGUUUUUUUUAAAGACAGGCAAGUUGUUUAGUCAAAGCUUUAAUUUAAGCACUGGGGAGCUACAUUUAUACCCAUAUCCAUGUUAACAUGCUCACUUAGGCAUUAUUUCAUGCAGUAGUUAGAUAUGUAUUUACUAAACUGCCUAGUCAGCCUAGUGCCUUUCACUCAUUGUAACUCCUGUAACAUUUUUGUCCUUUCUGUCAAAUGUUGAUGUUGAGGCAGUAUGGCUGCCAAGUUUUGUGUAAUUGCCAAUGAGGAAAGCAGAGAAUUGCUGCUUUUAUGUGUAGAGUUGUAUUAUUUUUAAAGAGUAUAUUUUAUGCUGGUCUGUACCAUAGCAAAAUAUGUGUACUGAAAAAAAAAUCAAUUCUCUGAAGAGUUCAUUUGUAUGUGAGGGAAGACAAAGUGCUUCUCUCCUAGUACUAGCUGUAAACAUGAGAAGGAUGCAUGUGCAUUCUUUGUACAACAGAGUACAAUAGAACACUAGUAAAAUGUAUUAAGCCCCUGUUCUGUCAUUUACCCUUUUCACCCCAUGAUAAAUAUGUACUGGUCCAAAAUCAUUGGGAAAAGAUACUUGUGUUAGGCCUGCAAUACUCUCAAGUAGGGAGGUUUUUAAGGCUACUGUCGGCACAUUUUUUAAAUUUUUUAUCUUAGUUGUGUUGAUCUCUGAGAUCCUGCUAUUUAGUUAGGUUCAUGACGUAUGCAAAAUGUUGGACUGUACCACUCUCAUAGCGGUGCUCAGGAUGUCUGUAGGUAAAGUGUGCUGUCGAUACACGUGACAGCAAAUGCUGCAAUUGUUGCAUGUAUCAUAGGGCAAGCUAGAUAGGAAGAGAGAGAGAGAUCAGAGAAAGAAAUUAAACCUUGAGAAGAAA